CAGUUGCGACUUAACUUCCGUCGUUGUCGAACCGUUUUUCUUUUGGUAGUGUGGAUCAAUCCUCGGUUAUAUCGGAUCGGUUAAGAUUUAUGGACUUUUUGAAAAGUUGAGUGCGUAGCGUGAUGUGGUAGAAAUUAGUAGAAAAAACUCAAUUAUCUCUAUAGCAAGGAGUAACGUACUAACGCAAGUUCGGUGAAAGUUGAUUACCAUAGUUAUCAAGCUAAGACGAUAUUUCCUUGGAAGUGUUACGAAGCAGAGAAUCAAUCAUCAUAAUUACUAUCUGCUACUAAUCUUAGCUACCUCCAAACCUGAUUUGAUUUACUACAAUUGCUUAUGUAACGGUUUUUGAAACAUUUUUCCACUUUAUUCUUUUGGCGCCCAAUGUGGGUGAAAAAGCUUCUACGUAAUUUGAGAGGAAGAUGAAGAUAGUCCCUGCCUUAGCCGUAGCACCAACUGAGGCGACAAGAAACUGAAUAGCCCCAAUCAAUAAAUAAAACUUUUCGAAUUGAUCAUCAUCAAAUUGCAUAUAUGUAUGUAGGCCAACACCCGAAUUUGGGGCUAACUGAAAAACAGUGGUGUACAGUGGAUCGGUAAAAGUAACUCCAAAAUAGAAACAUUUGCGACCGGAACAUGAGAAACAAUUGUUUACCGCCCAAAUGGCGGCUAAGUACAUUGAAUGCUGCCGGGAUUCUGGGCACGCUGCGCGUUCAAUUGACGCUCAUUGUGGUGAUUUUAAUUAGUUCAUCCCGAGUUGAGUGUAUGUUCGAAGAGCCACGGCAGCCAUCAUAUUUGGAGGCCAAGGUCGGAUCGUAUGUCGUGUUCAACUGUCCCGUUGACUUUCCACAGGAUAUUGUCAUACCUUAUGUUCUACACUGGAGCAAGGAUGGUCAAAAAGUUUUCUCGUGGUAUGAUGGUGAAAUCUCUGCAUCAGAGCUCUUUGUAGGUCGACUGAACUUUCUCGACAAACAUGAAGGAUAUGGAAAAGCAUCGGUGAAUCUAACAUCGAUACGAGAAUCUGAUCAAGGAUGGUAUGAGUGUAAGAUAACAUUUCCGAAUCGAACCCCUAGUUCAAGAAAUAAUGGAACGUGGUUCUAUUUAACUGUUUUAGGAGGAUCACUCAUCAAAAUACCGCCCGUCAAUCAAACAAUCAUGGAAGGAAAAACUGCAUUUUUCCAUUGUGUCAUGAAAAGUCCGGAGAGCUCACAGAUACGUUGGUUCAAAGAUGGCAAAGCACUUUCAGAACUUGUUGAUUUAACUCAUAGGUCGAUGCAAUCACCGGAUGGAAGUCUAAGUAUCGACCCCACUAUGAUGAGUGAUUUGGGAGAGUAUGAAUGCGUUGUACGGAACAAUGACGGUGAAACACAAUCAGCACGAGCCUUUUUAAAUAUUCAGUAUAAAGCAAAAGUAAUUUACGCGCCGCCUGAAGUCUACCUGCCGUUUGGACAACCAGCAAUUUUAGACUGCCACUUUCGUGCCAAUCCUCCGCUAAGAAGUCUUCGGUGGGAGAAGGAUGGGUUCCUUUUUGAUCCAUACAAUGUUCCGGGGGUCUUCUAUAAGCAGAACGGUAGUCUGUUCUUCAGUAAGGUAGAUGAGAGUCACUCAGGUCGCUACACCUGCACACCAUACAACGAACUAGGGACUGAUGGACCGUCACCGUUGAUAACCGUCAUUGUUCAGCAACCACCCGUUUUUACCAUUAAACCCAAACCUGUGUAUUUGCACAAAUUAGGGGACAAUGUGACUAUGAUCUGUGACGCGGCUGAUAGAGAUGGAAAUCACAGACCCACGCUUGUAUGGAGUAGGCGCGAUGGUGUCGCUCUGCCACUAGGACGAUACUCAAUCGACGGUGGUAACAUUACCAUCGAAAACAUUGUCGAGGAAGAUAGAGGAAUAUACCAAUGUGCCGCUACCAAUGAAGCUGCUACAAUUAUUGCUGAUACGGAGUUGAUGAUUGCAAACGUUCCACCACGACCGCCAUACAACCUGACAGCAAAUAGCUCGCAAAAUGCCAUAACAAUCAGAUGGCAACCAGGUAACUUGGGAUAUAUACGUCCACAUUUAGAGUAUGUCGUCUGGUAUCGUAUGACGAACGCAACAGAAUGGCGCACUAUGCGACCCCACAUGAAAAACAUGAUGGAAGCAACAAUUACAAACUUGCAGCCAGGCUGUGAAUAUGAAUUCAUGGUGCUCAGCCAGGAUCAAUAUGGGGAUGGGAUGUUCAGCAAAUCAUUUCGAUAUUACACGAAGCCAAAGCAAUUCCGCGAUCCAGAACUUUUCCAGCAUCCUCUUCUGCCGUUCGGCCAGAUAGGGCCGCCUCGCAAUUUGAUAGUUCACCGGAAAUCAAAUGGAUACAUUGCUGCAUGGGAUCCACCCGAUUACGGAGCAGAUUCGUUGCGGGUCUAUAUUCUACGAUGGUGGUUGCAACCCCUACACCUCCUGCAUGGUUCCGUGGAGACUCGGGAGAACUAUUACGUGGUGGGACAUCUGAAGGAAAACGAACGAUACACAUUUCAAGUAUUCGCCCUGGGAACGAACAAUUAUGAAGCAGGAAGCAACGAGUAUGAGUUCCUGGUGCCGUCGCAACGAUUGGUCCGGGCUAUUAUCACUGGAAGUGUCGUUGUUAUCAUUUUCAUGAUCACUGCCGUGAGCGUUUAUAUUUAUGUGAAGAAGAGUUGCUUCCAGAGUGACAAGGAGAACUCAGUCAGUGAAAAAGUCCGUUCUACGUAGUAUUAAGUGACUUAAAUCAGUAAAAGAUGUUUGGACCUUUUUUGAAUAAAAUUUAAAUGUUUAAAUUAA